GCCAGAGUUCAUAGCAUCAUAUACCAUCUAACCGUACAUACUCUAAUCCUACCUAAAAUAUGACGUCGAAACUGAUCAUCCUGGUUUCCAUGACAGUGGCUUUGGCAUCUGGCGCUCGACUAGAUCAUUUGGUGCAGGGUUACAACGGAGGAGGCAAUGCCGCGCCUUUCCGUUUCGAAAACGUGAACAACGGCGAUGGGAGUUACCGCUUCAGUUACGACACACCAACGGGUAUCUCAGCGCACGAGAGCGGCGCGCCGCGCGCGGCUGGGCCCGAAGGCCCCGCAGUGACGGCUGAAGGAGGCUUCUCGUACCGCGCGCCCGACGGCCAGCAGAUCUCCCUCACGUACACCGCCGACGAGAACGGCUUCCACCCGCAAGGCUCCCACAUCCCCACACCGCCACCGAUCCCAGAGGCCAUCCUCCGCUCUCUUGAGUACAACAGACAGCAUCCGUCAAACGAAGGCUCUUACAACGGUCAACGAAACUACUACUAGGCUCAAAAGAUCUCUAAGCUGACGGUCGUGAGCACCUCAGCGAAGCUAGCGCUGUGAUAUGUGGCAACUUACUCGUAAAUGUGUUGAAUUGAUGUGAUUAUUAUUU